AUGAAGGUGAAGAAGGUUGAGGAGCUGGUGCUUCAUUUUUCUACCUCUGAUAUUGUUGUUGCAUUGGUGGAGGCAUAUAAGGUAUGCUUGGACCAGCAGAAUUCUGAAAUGGUGGUGGUGGUGUCGCCGCCGUUCGUUCCGACGUCUAGGGACAUCUCGAACGUUUAUGCGAGCGGUCGCGAAAAGAUG